AUGUCAGGUUGGGAGGCGUACGUUAGCUCACUUAUUUCCAUUUCUCCGGCAGUGAAACGAGCUGCAAUCAUCACUUUCGAAGCCACUUUCUGGGCCAAAACAGGGGGCCCAAGAGAUUUCAAGGGAACCCCCGAAGAACUGAAGAAGCUGGUUAGCGACUUUGAACAUCCCGAGGAGGUCAUGGCGAGUGGCGUCAAUCUGGAAAAUAUUCACUACAUAGUUCCCUGCGCUGACGAGAGCUUCAUCAUUGGCAAAAGGGGGAACAAGGGUUUUUUUGCGGCAAAGACCAAGACUGUUGUCAUUAUCGUCAUCUACGAAGGGGACUACGAAGCGUCAUGUAUUGUACGCAAAGAUGUGGAGAAAGUUUCCAGAUACCUUGUCAACAUCGGCUAUUGA